AUGGAAACAUCAAGCAUAGAGGGGUGUGGUAAGAUGGACAGGGGUGUAGAGACAUCAAAGGGUGGUUGUAGUGAUUCAGGGUAUCUGGGUGGUUGUGAAAGGUCGAAUCACAGGGCACCGGCAACAGAGAGUGGGCAUAUGUUGGUCGAACAUAUGGUUAGUCAAAGUAGUGAUGAUAAUGGUGUUGACAUGAUUGCACCAAGGAAAGAAGAUGUUAUGGGGAAAGAGUUUAAAACGAUAGAAUUAGCGGAAGAAUAUUAUAUGAAUUAUGCAAAGGGCAUUGGAUUUAGCGUGAGAAAAGAUAAAUUGGUUCGAAAUUCGGAAAGGAAAGUAUGUAGGAGACGGUGGUGUUGUUCUAAAGAAGGUUUGAGAAAUGAGAAGUUUAAUGAUCGAUCAGAUAGAAUUCGACCACCGAAGGAUCUGUACAAUAAGUUGGAUGCAUCAUACAGGGAAAUUUUACUCGACGGUGACACAGAAGCCGCACUCUGUUACUUGAAAGCGAAAGGAGCAAUGGAUCCAGAAUUCUUUUGUAAGUUCAGUGUUGACGAGGAAAAUAGGCUUGGUAAUUUGUUUUGGAUGGACUCCACUUCACUUUUGGAUUACAUUGCCUAUGGCGGCGUCCUCAUAUUCGACAGCACAUACAAAACAAAUGUUUAUGACAAGCCCCUAGUGUUGUUUGUCGGUUCGAACAACUAUCGGUCUACUGUAAUGUUUGGUUGCGCAUUAUUGCAGGACGAGAUAUUUGAAACUUACAAGUGGUUAUUGGAAACAUUCACGGCAUCCAUGAAAGAUAAGAAGCCAAUAUCAAUAUUGACGGAUGGCGAUGAGGCGAUGCGUAAAGCCAUUGAUAAUGUGUUUCCCAUGUCUAACCAUCGAUUGUGCUCAUGGCAUAUGUCAAGGAAUGCACAGAAUAACUUGAAGGAUGAUGAAUUGCUAAGAAAUUUUCAGGUUUGGGAACCAUUUGCAUUGGACGAGUUUGAGAAGAAAUGGGAGGUUUUGAGGGAAAGAGCGAGUACUCCGAAACAAAAAGAAUGGUUGGAAAUGAUGUAUGAAAAAAGAGACUCAUGGGCUGAAUCAUGUAUGAGAGGAAAAUUUUUCGGUGGUAUGUGCACCACUCAACGUGUGGAGUCCAUGAACAAGUAUGUGAAAGAUUACUUGAGGAAAGACGUGAAGUUGUUUGAAUGUAUUCCAGCAAUCGAUAGGGCUAUGUUACGUCUUAGGAAUAACACGGCGAAGGAUGGUUUCAACGCAAAGUACUCAACACUAGUCCUUAAAACUGCAUUGACAAAACUAGAGCAACAAGCUUCUCUGAUUUACACGCAUAGGUGCUUUGUAUUGGUACGUCAUGAGAUCGAAUCUUGUUCAGCACUCACCCAUGAUAAUGUGAUGCAUAAUUUUGGAGGUCAUGUAUACGUAUUGUCCAAAUAUGGUGAACCGCAUAAUAAUUGGACUUGUAUUUACCACAGUGGGGAAAAUAUGCGGAUAGAGUGUGGAUGCCGGGAAUAUGAAAGUGAAGGGAUCCCAUGUUGCCACCUGUUUUAUGUAAUGAAGUGCGAGCACCUUACGAAAAUUUCUCCAGCACUCAUAAUGAAGAGAUGGACAAAGAGUGCCGAAACUGAUACAUGUAUGGAAUUUAUCGGCAAAGGUAAAGACACUACCAACGAAGUUGUAGAAAUUGUGAGGUAUAGAAGUUUAAAUGCUAUGUCAAACAAAGUUUGUUUUUAUGCAUCGAAGAGUGCAGAGGGUUAUGCCAUGUUGAUGAAUGAGUUUAGUAGAUGGGAGGGAUUUUGUGAAGGCUUACGGCAAAAGGAAGAAAAGACAAGUCUGAAAUUGGGUACUGCUGACCAAUGUCCUACAAAUAUUGUGAAAGAUCUAAAUAUUGUUAAGACAAAAGGCACUCAAGCAAGGCAAGGUGGAACGCGCAAGUGUCGAAAUGUCAUUUGUGUCGCGGAUAUGGACAUACAAAGCGUAAUUGCUCUCAAAGAAACUUGCAUCCAAGUAGAAAUGCAUGUGUCAAUAUCCCAUCAGGUAGUGAAAGCUAUCAGUAUAGUUCUGAUAAAGGGCCGUCCUCGAACAUUAGCUACAGUUAUCCUAGUCAAAUGGUUUCUCAAUGCAGAGGCACAAUUGGUUUUUCUACUGCAGACCCAACCGGUUCUACUCCGAACAGUGACGAUGGUUUCUCAUUCGACAAUGGUGAACCUAAUUCCCUAG